UCAGUCAAUUUUAAUGCUGAAAUCUAGUGCGCUCGAAAGUUUAUUUUAGAGCACCAGUUUGUUAGUUUUGUACUGUAUAAAAGCAGUGUUGUUGUUGAACAUUUUCUAUCCGACGUUUGUGUUACGAUUAACUGCUAAAAUAGAGUUUUAUCGAUUGUUAUUGCUCGCCCAGCCCAGUGUUCUAUAAACGUGGUUCGUUCUGAUUCGUCGCAAUUCACUGCUGCUGCCCGGGGAUCUUCUUGGCAACGAAACAGUGGACUAUUUUAUCGGUAGAAUAAACAAAGUAAGCAUUGGUCGAAAAGGUACGGAACAAUCGAGAACUUUCGCCGGGUGCACAUGCAUUUCACGCGUUGAAGCCAGCGGUGCAGAGUGCGUACGUGCGCGAGCCGGCAUUUUGCUUUUCGUCGUGCCGUGCCCCCCUACUAGGGGUACUGCGUAGUAAUUGACUUUUUGUUUUUCGCCGUUUUCGCUGUCGCAAUCAGCCAAUUGGCCUGCACGUCUCUGUGUGUGCAAAGUGUGCAAAUCGGGAUUGUGAGAUAAAUAGCGCACACACAGCCCCCACAUCCAAGAUGUCGACGAAAGAUUUUAAUCUUUCGCGAGACGAAUUCCGAAACAUCACACGGUGUCUUGAGAAUGAGGAGUUUCGCGACCUGUUUGCCGACUACUGCAAGGAUCUGCGCGACAAUCGCCAGCAGUACGAGGAGGAGCUGGCCAUCCUCGAGGCGGAACGGGGGUACGACGUGAAGUUCCUGAACCCGAAGCCCGGUUAUGUAAUCAAGACGGUCGUGGACGGAAAGCGGAAAGGAUUCAUCAACGUGUGCCAGUGCGAGCUGGUGCAGAAACCAUCGAUCGUGCCCGGCAAGUACGAGCACGAAUCGAAGGCCGUCCAGUGGAACAUCCCGUACGCACAGAGCCAACCGCGCCGGGACUACGACAACAAGCGCAUCGAAUGCAUUGUGUACGACGUGAUGUUCCAUCCGGAUUCGCUGGGCCUGGCGGCCAGAAAUGACCAUUUCCGUAAGCUGCUGAACGAUACGUCGCUGGACGCCGUCGAGGGGGCGUUCAAGGUGAAGCUGGAUCGGGCUAACUUGCGCUUUCCGAAGCUUCAGUACAAGGGCACCCCGAGCUGCACGGUGAUGCGGAACAAGAAGCCAAACUUUGACAGUCUGCCGAAGGAUGAGUUGUUCGACAAACUGCUCCCACCCAUGCCGACGCCGGCGGCGCCGACCAACAAUAACAUCAACGGGUCGGAAACGAAAAAAUCGAAACCGAACGAUGGACCCAAGCGGGGGACGGUCACGGAGGCGCAAAACAAGGAAAACAUCCAACGUUCUUCGGCCAGGGGCUACACGACCCCGGAGUACAAAAUCGUCCAACGCCGGGACGUCGAGUACGAGGAGAUGACGCACGAGCUGGACGCUAAAAUCGAUGUAACAAUUCCACGGGAGUUGAAAAUAACCAUCACACUACCACUGCUCAAGUCCGCUGCCGAGUGUACGCUGGACGUCACCAAGGCAACGCUGUAUUUGGUGAGCGAAAAGCCGGCCAAGUACAAGCUCGAGCUGAAGCUGCCCUAUGAGGUGCGGGAAAACGAAGGCACGGCGCAGUUCAACGUGGACGCAAGGACGCUCACCGUGACGUUGCCGGUGCUGCGAAAGCGCCCCAUUACGCUGCAGGAUAUAAACCGCGCCAAUGCUCCCGAAAUUGCCAAUGUCGGCAGCACCCAAGUAAACCAACCGACAUCCGGAAAGUUGAUCGAGGAGAUAGAAGAAACGUCGGGUGGCGCCCCAACCGUGGCCAAUGGAAGUAAAUCACCGGCAAACGGCAUCACGCAACCAUCGGUGGUGGAGGCACCGAGGAAAACGAUUUUCCCCAAAUUUUCAGUCAACAAAAUGGAAAACCUUUUCGCGUUCACGCUCAACGUGCGCAACGUCGAUCCGGGCACGAUCGAGCUCGAUAGCCGCACCGACUCGGUGCACUGCCGGUUCUCGAACGUUGGCAAUGGGUUCUUCCCGUGCUACUACGUGUUCUUUGUGCGCUUCCCGAACGCGCAGGUCACGGAGGUGCAGCACGAAGAGUGGGACAACAAUCUGAUCAUCCAGGUGACGCUAAACACGGCGUCGGUCGCAUCGUACCAUGCCGGGCCGAACGAGCACGACACGGUCGAGUACUCCAUCAUGGAGGACAUCACGGAUAAGAUAAACAAAUUCGGGAAGGAAAUAGAAGACGACAGCCUGUGUAUAGCGGUGGUCCGGCAGGAAAAGGGGGCGAAGGCGCGUUCCGGUGGGCUUUUGAGUAUCGAAAUCACGAAAAAGGAUAUCGAUCAGCAGGAGGAGCCGCUGGAAGAUGCUGGGGGAAAGGUGAGCCGCGCUGAACCACCUUCCGGCACCUCGGUGGACGAGUGUGACGACAAGGAACCGGAGACGGAGGCGCAGGCCCGGGCGAUGUUGACGGCGAAAAAGAAUGGUCGUAAGAAGAACAAGGAGCGAUCGCUGUCGGAGUCCUUCUGCGACCAACUGAAGGUGAUCGUGGAGAACGAACCGGCCACAACCGGCAAUCCCGGCGAGCCGUCGGUGGGGAAGAACGCAUCGGCGGGUAUGUCACCGGCAUCGAAAGCGAUCGAUGCGCCGGAUGCGAAAACGCGCAAGUUCCGCAGUGUGUCCGAGUGCGUGGAGUCGUCGGAAUCGAUGCCAUCGCUUGUGCGCAAGUAUAAGGGCAUCCUGAAGCGCAGCUCGUACGAUCGAAGCAUCAGCGAAUGUUCGUCGGUGGACGAUCUGGGGACGUCGGUCGAGAUGAGUCUGCCCGGGUCGAUGGGCGAGGAGUGUCGGAAGACGGUUCGCUUCAACGAUGCUAUUCGCAAGCAGAUGUUCAGAUCCAACACGAGCAUUCUUGCCAUGAAGAAAAAGUCACAGAAGAAGAAAGAGCUGAAACGUCGUGCGGCGGCCCGUCGUAUGAGCGAAGGGGAAAGCACUGAUAAUGACGAGAAAGAGCUGCAUCACCGUGAUGAUGACGAUGACGAUGAGGAUGAUAAUUGCUUGAGCAGCGAUCAGCAUGACGAGAAAGAUGCCAUGGAAAACGAUAGCGGCGUAUCGUUCGACUCCGAGUCGGGCGAUAAGGAAGCCGCGGUGAUGCAUCAGGCUGCCAGCAAGAGCAGGAAAAACAACAACAACAACAAAAAUAGCAAAAACAACAGCAGCAACAACAGCAACAACAACACCAACAACAACAAGGGCCCCAAGUCCGGCAAUGGGCUGAAGUCUGGCGGCGGCCAGCGACGACCAUCUGAUUCGAAGAACAUCGAGUUUAAGAGUGAUAUGAUUUUCGAUAUCGAAAUGUGAAAGUAGCUGUGCGUUUUGAUUUGAACGAGAAUCUGCAGCAUAUUAUAAAAUAUCGCGCGUUAUCCUACGGUUAGUUUUAACGGCACCAUGCGCCAUCCCUGCAGUAGAGUAGUGUACACGAGUAGUACGGAUAGUGUUAUUUUGAAUAAAUUCGCAUCAUUCUUUAACGA